AUGGAUGUUGAUUUCAUGGAACGCUUUAACAGCAAAUUUAAAGGCGUCUUUCGACCGGAAAAUGACUAUGCUGAAGUCUACGUACUCUUGCUCUACUGGCAGGACGUUAGUUUUUCCGGGUUUAAAGAAGAAGCGGACGCUCUACAGGAAUUGUUCGAGGCAGACUUUAACUAUCCACGAGACCACAUUACCCGGUUCGAAAUACCACUAAAGCAAAGCCAGAUUGCUCUCGAGGCUACAAUAUAUAAUUUCAUGUUAGGCAAGAGCCAAAAUUCUUUGCUCAUCAUCCAUUACGGAGGUCACGGCGAUGCAGAUAGCGAUGACGGUACCAAUAUUAAAAGGCCUAGGCUUGCUGUCUGGGGAAACUCCACAGCCGAUGGACCAACAGUUGCUUGGCACAAAAUCCAACCUCGUCUUUUGACCGAGGCCGAUGCUAAUGUCUUGCUGAUUUUUGACUGCUGCUACGCUGCAUCUGCCGCGAGAGAGCGUACAAAAGCCAAAAAUAGGGUCGAACUACUCGCUGCUGCGCCAAUGAAAUGUCAAACACCUCCUCCGGGUCCCUAUUCCUUCACGUCAAUCAUGAUUCGAGAGUUGAAGUCAUUACUGUCAGUACGCGGAGCCAUUGUCAUCUCCGAGCUACACUGCCACCUGGCCAAACAGCAAUCUGGGCUUUUCGACACAGCAGUAUUGUUCGAGCUUCAACGUGGAAGUGGGAGAAAUAUAAGGCUCGAAAGGUUAGGCACUCGACAGCCAUCUCCGACGCCUCCAGCGUCCUCGUUAACCUUUCGAGUUUUGACUCGCAAGCCGCUCGACGAAGACGUCUUUCGGGAUAUAAUUGACUGGAUGGACAAGCUUUGCCCACGUGUCAUUUCAGAGCUUGCUGUAGAAAAUGUUUACCAUACCAGGGAGAAACUACGAGAGUUUGUUCAGGAAGAGCCGACCGAAAAUAUACCACGCCCAAUGUUCCAACAACUGCCUGAAAAUGCGAGACAGGAAGCAUUAGAUCUCUGCCAAGAGUUAGAUGUCGUUUUAGAGGGUGGCGCCGCUCUCUCCCGAUUACCCUCGACUUUUACUCCGGACACUUCCAGGGAUUACGAAGAUAUGGUUCGCAAGUUCUUCAAUGAGUUAGGUAGUAAGGUGGAAGCACUGAGGAAGUCUUUGGAACGCAAUAUUGUGGCCAAUUGUGACGAAAGAGAGUCCCUUACACACGCGAUGAACGACGGAAAAGUUCAGGGGUUGGGAAUCGAUGACACUCUCCGAAUGAAGGACAUAUUGCUUGAUCCCAUUGUGACAGGGAAGACAAUGAAGGUGGAGUCACAAGAGUUAGGAUUCCAUGACAGUUCUGCAGAUAAAUACCCACAAUUUGUUCAGAGAGAUUUGGAUCAACUGGGACGUGUCUUUGUGGAGUACAAGUAUUACAACCCAUCAGAGAACAGCGACGCUGCUCGAAGAAUGGCUUCUGACAGGGUCAACAAGCUCGCCAAAGUCCUCGGGGAACCGAAGUCGAAGGAUUUUCAGACACUUCAUUGUCUUCAGUGGUUCCACGAGCCAGAGCAUUGCAGGUUUGGGCUGGUGUUUAAGACCCCAGCGGUCUCAAACUCCACACAAUCCACGAUUAUCACGCUGCAAGAUGUCAUGGACCCUAAGAAAACAAGGACCAGGUUUCGGCCAACUUUGGAGCAAAGAUUCGACAUAGCUUGGAGGAUCGGCCAAGCUGUACGGAAGUGGCAUCUUGCCGGCUGGGUCCACCAAGGGAUUUCCAGCCGCAACAUUUUCUUCUUCUCCGAUUGUGAGAGCAUUGACUAUGCAAGACCUUAUCUCUGCGGAUUUGAGUACUCACGACCUUCGGCCGAGAAAUCAUACGCACGGUCUGAGGAUAUGGCGCGCGAUGUGUGCCAACAUCCUGAUCGGCAAGGGGCUCCCAACGUUCAAUAUCAAAGAGUCCAUGAUUUGUAUUCCUUUGGGGUUCUGCUCUUGGAAAUCGGCCUCUGGCAGCCUGCACUCAAGAUGUUCGAGGAUAGGAUAGAUAUCACGGCAGAGGAUAUGAAAAAGGAGCUCAUAAGGCAUUGCGACACGAGAUUGGCUUACUGGAUGGGGACCAAUUACCAAUCUGCGGCAUCGAUAUGCUUGCGUGGAUUGUUCGGUAUUGAUGUCGACGACUCAGCUCAUUCGAGGCUCUCGAAGGCCUUUGAUACAUCGGUUUUGCAAAAGAUUGAAUGUGGCAAACAUCUGGGCUAA